GAGGAGAAAAAUGACAGGCAGUACGGAAAGAGUCUGCAUGGAUUCUUGCAGUUCCGAAGCGUCGUUGAGCAAGUUGUCUCGACGGAAUUCCCAGAGCUCUGCCAAGUCCAUGUCCCUGGAUCUUUCCUUUGACGACGAAGAAGAAAGCGGUGACGUGUAUCCGGGUUGUUACAAGCACUGCUACUGGGUUUACGUCGGGGAGAAGCGAAGAGUGGAUGAAGACUCGGAGGAAUUACUUGAUCCUGACAACGAACUAGAGAGUCAGCUCGGGGGAGAUGACAAAAAGUCCAGUCUGGAAGAAAUUAGCAGUGAAGCCAAAACUUUAGGAUACCCCUUUCGCGGGAAUCGGUUUUAA